AAGAAAGGAAAAUUAAGCUUGCGGUCUUUAACCGACUACUCUUAAUUUCUCCCUCUCUUCACGAGCGGAUUUUCAUCUGAUUCUUCAGCUUCUACUUUCGGGUUUCUUGGUUCUUUAUAAGUUGAAGCUGAAGUUGAAUUUUCGCCGUGUUUCUACUUGUUUUGGAAUCACAGUUCAAAUCUGUUCUUUUGUUCUGUUUUUUUUUUUUUUUUUUUUUCCAUUUUUGUUGUUCUUUCUAAUAGUGAUGUCUGAGAUUUCCAAGCCCAAUGGAAAUCAUGAAAUAUCAAUGGAGGAAGGAGUGAAUGGGAAUUUAAAAGAAGGUGAUGCUGUUCUAAGUAAAGAUGGGGAUUCUUCUUUUACUGCUUUGAAAAACAGCAGAGGAUGGAGUUCUCAGUUCUCUGUGUCAUUCUUACAGAAGCUGAUUGCAGAAGUAUUCGGGACGUAUUUUGUGGUAUUUGCUGGGUGUGCGUCUGUUGUCGUUAACCUCACCAAAGGGUCAAUUACAUUUCCCGGGAUCUGCAUCGUAUGGGGCCUUGCUGUCAUGGUCAUGGUCUACUCAGUCGGCCAUAUUUCUGGCGCCCAUUUCAAUCCGGCGGUCACCAUUGCAUUCGCUACUAGCAGAAGAUUUCCAUGGAAACAGGUCCCGGCUUAUGUAUCAGCUCAGAUACUGGGAGCGACGCUAGCGAGUGGAACGCUGCGCUUGUUAUUCGGAGGGAAGCAUGAGCAUUUCCCAGGAACGAUUCCAGCUGGAUCUGACUUGCAAUCGCUUGUUCUCGAAUUCAUUAUCUCCUUCUACCUUAUGUUCGUCAUUUCCGGCGUAGCCACCGACAACCGAGCAAUUGGAGAACUAGCAGGGCUUGCAGUGGGAGCUACCGUCUUAUUAAACGUGCUUCUUGCAGGGCCUAUUUCUGGAGCGUCCAUGAAUCCAGCAAGGAGCUUGGGACCCGCAAUCGUUGCCAACCGUUAUGAAAGUUUAUGGGUUUAUUUAGUGGGGACCAUAUCUGGGACGGUGUUUGGAGCAUGGGCCUACAACCUCAUCCGUUUCACCAACAAACCCCUGCGUGAGAUCACCAAGAGCGGCUCUUUCUUAAAAAGCUUGAGGAGUAACGGCUCCAAUUGAAAUUAUUACAAGAGAAAGGCUACAAGGAGGUCUCUGCAUGGGGUACACCACUUUUCAAUUCUGACAAGUGGGCCCACGAUUCUGCAAUCCAUACCGUCCAUUUAUUUUCAGUUGAAUGCGAGCUUUUAUUGCUUUCCACUUCCUUACUAUAUAUUCGUAGGGCAUAGAUUGAAAGGUGAAUGUACUCAUAUUGAGGAGUAUUUUGGGUCCUUAGUCCAUCCAUAGUGGGAUGAAACAGACGAUGGUCUUAGAUAACCUUAGCGUGGGCCCACUUUUUAGAAUUGAAAAACUGGUCUCAUGCUUAGAUAGGAGACCGGUCACAAAUCACAUAAUUUAUCCACACACAGAUUUCUGUCGGUUAGGAUUCAACUUACAUUCAAAAGAGAUUGAUAUAUUUUAAACUGC